AUGGACAGGGGGCAAGCGUUGGCCGUGUGGCUGCUGUGCUUCUGCGGCGGUCUGCGUCUGGCCUCGGGCAUCACCAGGGCCGAUCUAUUCUCCUAUGGCUAUAACACUGGAGACCUCAUUCUGGCUGAAGGCGACGAUGAGACGUCCAAAGUGCUGACCCUGCCGAGACCCCUGUACUUCUACGACACAUCCUUCAUGCAACUUUAUGUGGCUACCAACGGCAUCAUCUCAGCCCAGGACCUCCCAAUGGAGAAGCAAUACGUCGAUGAUGGGUUUCCCACUGAUUUUCCGGUCGUGGCGCCUUUCCUGGCUGACAUUGAUACAAGCAAUGGUCAAGGACAAAUCUACUACAGAGUGACUGAAACUCCUCGGGUGCUCAACAGGCUGGCUCGGGAAGUGCACAGAGGAUUCCCAGAUGCAAAGUUCGUACCGACUCACGCUGUCGUGGCGACCUGGGAGAACGUGGCGGCGUAUGAGGACGACCCCAAAAGAAGGCCCACCAACAAGGUCAACACUUUCCAGGCUGUAAUCGGCUACGACGAGACCGACUCCUAUGUUGUCUUUCUCUACCCCGGCGAUGGCUUGAAUUUCUUUGGAACCAGGCCAAAGGAGUCCUAUAACGUGGAGAUCGAGCUCCCCGCCAGAGUGGGCUUCAGCAGAGGAGAAGUGGCUUUUUUCCUGUUUACAAGAACGGAGGGGCCGCACUACAGCGUGACAAGUGAUGAGCAGAGUGUUAAAAAUCUGCACCAGGUUGGAAAUACUGGAAUCCCUGGAAUCUGGCUUUUCCACACUGGAAAUCGUUACUCUUUUGGCAACAUCGUCCCGGCCUCUUUCGGUGGACUUCUGGCCACUCCUCCACCGCAAGGAUAUGAAUUUGGCUUGGACUCUACCACUCCAGAGUACGCAGAGUUUGAGGAAUAUUCAGACGCCACCUACAGCCCAGAUGAAGUCGAGGAUGACGAAUACCCUCUGACCAAUGCGGGUCCGUUUGAGCCAGCAGCAGUGGAGGAAGCCCCAUCAGGUCCCGUGGAACCGGCUCUCGCCCGGGUCCCCUUCACAGAGAGCCCCGAGGACUUACCGGUGACGGAGCCCAGCGAGAGGCCUGAGGUGGCCCCCAGGCUGUAUGCUCCUCUCCCUCCAUCGGAAGACACAAGGAACCAGCAUCCUGAACAGCCACAGGUUCCCCUUGAAGUUAUCGACGUCUACCCUCCUCCCCCCAGCAACCCUCACCUCUCCCCGGGUGGGUACGUGGUCAGCGUGGACGAGGACGAUGUUGACUUUGACACGGGAGUGAUUCAAUACACCACUGAGAAUAAGGAAACGUGUGCGAGAUUCCAACAGCAGUGUUCCCAGAAUGCCGUUUGUUCGGACUAUGCCAAUGGGUUCUGUUGUCACUGCAAGUCUGGCUUCUUUGGGAAUGGCCGCCAGUGUCUUCCUGAUGGAGCCCCGCAGCGUGUGAGUGGGAAGGUGAGCGGUUCUCUGCUCGUCGGAUCCAGCCCCGUCUCCUUGGACCAUGUGGACCUCCAUGCGUACAUUGUUGUGGGCGAUGGUAGAGCCUACACCGCCAUCAGCAAGGUGCCCGCUUCAAUAGGAUGGGCUCUGAUGCCGGCUUCGCCCAUUGGAGAAUUGUUCGGAUGGCUUUUUGCUCUUGAACUACCCAACAGUCAGGCCGGAUUCAAAAUCACAGGGGCGGAGUUCACUCGCCAUGCUGAGGUCGUCUUCUAUCCUGGCAACGAGCGCCUGUCAAUCAUCCAAACGGGGCGGGGCCUGGAUGAGCAGAAUCACCUGACCGUGGACACCGUGGUGAAUGGCAAUGUGCCCGCCAUCCCUGUUGGGGCAGAGGUGACCAUGGACCCGUUUAAGGAAGUCUACCAGUACUAUCCAUCUGUGGUCACCUCCACAUCUGUGCGCGAGUUCACGGUGGUGUCUGCAGAGAGAGGCUCCGAGUCGUUCUCCUUUCAGCUCAAGCAGAACAUCACUUUCCGCGACUGCCGCCACGACAGCCGCUCGGCUCCAGAGACCCUGCAGAUCACCAUGGAGAGGGUCUUCAUGAUGUACGUGAAGGAGGAACGCAUCCUGAGAUACGCCAUCACCAACAAGAUCAGCCCAGUGGGAGUUGAGCCAAGUGGACCGGACGAAGUGAACCCAUGCUACUCAGGGACCCACGACUGCGACACCACGGCCCAGUGCGUCCCACAGGAGGGCCAGGAUUUUGAGUGCAAGUGUGCUACAGGCUACACAGGAGACGGACGCAACUGCUACGACAUAGACGAGUGUGUGGAGAGUUCCAGCUCUUGCGGCGCACAUUCCCAGUGUGUGAACCUCCCCGGCAGCCACCGCUGUCAGUGCCAGAAGGGAUAUGAGUUUGGCUUUGAUGGACGCACGUGUGUGGACAUCGACGAGUGCUUCGCUACGCCGUGCAACCACAACGCCAAGUGCACGAACUCCCUGGGAACCUUCCACUGCCAGUGCCAUUCUGGUUAUUUCGGAGAUGGCUUUUCUUGCACCCAGGAUGGUCAGACCGAACGCCCCAAAAGCCAUUGUGAGCAGCACAGAGACAACCUCCAGAGCGGACUGGAUCAAGGCGUGGGGGCCUUUGUUCCCCAAUGUGAAGCUGACGGACGUUAUAGACCACUGCAGUGCCAUGGUUCCACUGGACAUUGUUGGUGUGUGGACAGCAGAGGACAGGAGAGGCCGGGUACGAGAGCCCCACCUGGGACCUCCCCCACCGACUGCGACAGACCAGACAAACCAGUCCGCCACAAAACCCAAUGUGAGCACCACAGAGACAGCGUAGAGACCACCAGUCCAGAGGGGUAUCCCAUACUUGGAGCUCAUGGACUGUUUGUGCCUGAGUGUGAAGCAGAUGGACAAUACAAGUCUCUACAGUGCCAUGGAUCCACUGGACAUUGUUGGUGCGUGGACAGUGCAGGACAGGAGCAACCAGGCACUCGCACCACUCCAGGCUCCCCAGCACCAGACUGCAACAACCCAAGCCGUGUUAAAACUCGCUGUGAGCACCACAGAGACAGUGUCCAAACCACCAGUCCAGAGGGAUAUCCCACACUUGGAGCUUAUGUACCUCAGUGUGAUGCCCAGGGACAAUAUCUACCACAACAGUGCCUCGGUUCAACGGGGCACUGCUGGUGUGUGGACAUCACUGGACAAGAGAAACCAGGGACUCGGACUCCCCCUGGGGCAGACACUCACAGCUGUAGCCACCAUGAAGAACCAACACGCCCCAAAACACACUGCGAACACCGUAGAGACAGUGUCCGGAGCACCAGUCCGGAGGGGUACCCCAUACUUGGAGCGUUUGUGCCCGAAUGUGACACUUAUGGACAGUACACGCCUCAACAGUGUCAUGGCUCCACGGGGCAUUGCUGGUGUGUGGACAGUAAUGGACAAGAGAGACCAGGCACUAGGACCCCACCUGGGACCCCCUCUGUAGACUGCACCAGACCAGUUGUCCCAGAGCGCCAGAAAACUCCAUGCGAGUAUCAUAGAGACAGCGUCCACAUCACCAGUCCUCAUCCACACCACAGUGUCGGAGAUUACGUGCCCCAGUGUGAUGCAAACGGAGCCUAUCUUUCCCAGCAGUGCCAUGGAUCCAGUGGUCAGUGCUGGUGCGUGGAUAGUGCUGGGCAAGAGAAACCAGGGACCAGAUCAGCUGCUGGCUCUCCAUCGCACAACUGCAGUCAUCCUGGUGAUACGGUGAAUCCUAAAACUCGAUGUGAGCAGCACAGAGACAGUGUCCAGACCACCAGCCCAGAGGGGUACCCCAUCAUCGGACUCUAUGUGCCGCAAUGUGACGCCGAUGGACAGUAUUCUGCUCAACAGUGUCAUGGUUCCAUUGGACACUGCUGGUGCGUGGACCAUAUGGGGCUGGAGCGACUGGGCUCGAGGACUGGACCUGGGACGCUUUCUGUGGACUGCUCCGAACCAGUGGAACCAGUGGAACCAGUGGAACCAGUGGAACCAGCGCGUCCCAAAAGUCACUGCGAGCACCACAGAGACCGUGUCCAGAGCAGCAGUCCAGAGGGUUACCCUGUGAUCGGAGCCUAUGUGCCCCAGUGCGACUCCAGCGGGCAGUACAUCCCUCUGCAGUGCCAUGGUUCCACUGGACACUGCUGGUGUGUGGACAGUACUGGACAGGAAAGAGCCGGCACCAGGACCUCACCUGGUUCACCACCUGUAGACUGUGACAGACCAGUGGAACCUUCCCGCCCCGUCACUCGCUGUGAGCACCACAGAGACAGUGUCCAGACCGCGACACCAGAAGAACAUCCCGGGGUCGGAGCCUAUGUCCCGCAGUGUGACCAGAGUGGACAGUACUCAUCUCAGCAGUGCCAUGGUUCCACUGGACACUGCUGGUGCGUGGACAGCACUGGACAGGAGAGACCAGGCACCAGGAGCGCACCAGGAACACAACGAGUGGACUGUGACCGACCAGCUGAACCUUCCCGCCCUAAGACUCAGUGUGAGCACCACAGAGACAGUGUCCAGACCACGACACCAGAAGGACAGCCCGUGUCAGGAGCCUAUGUCCCACAGUGUGACCAGAGUGGACAGUACUCAUCUCAGCAGUGCCAUGGUUCCUCUGGGCACUGCUGGUGCGUGGACAGCACAGGACAGGAGAGACCAGGCACCAGGAGCGCACCAGGAACACAGCAGGUGGACUGUGACCGACCAGUGAAACCUUCUCGCCCCAUCACUCGCUGUGAGCACCACAGAGACAGUGUCCAGACCACGACACCAGAAGGACGUCCCGCAUUAGGAGCCUAUGUCCCGCAGUGUGACCAGAAUGGACAAUACUCAUCUCAGCAGUGCCAUGGUUCCACUGGACACUGCUGGUGUGUGGACAGCACCGGACAAGAGAGACCAGGCACCAGGAGCGCACCAGGAACAUAUCGAGUGGACUGUGAUCGACCAGAGGCACCAACGCGACCUAAGACUCAGUGUGAGCACCACAGAGACAGUGUCCAGACCAGUACACCAGAUGGACGUCCUUUGUUAGGAGCCUAUGUCCCACAGUGUGACGAGAGUGGACAGUACACAAUACAACAGUGCCAUGGUUCUUCGGGAGACUGCUGGUGUGUGGAUAGUACAGGACAGGAGCGACCAGGCACCAGGAGACCAGCGGGGACCCAGCAAGUGGACUGCUCCAAACCCGAUCAGCCUCAGCGUCUCAAAACCUACUGCGAACAUCACAGAGACAGUGUCCAGACCUCCAGUACAGAGGGGUACCCCACACUCGGAGCCUACGUGCCCCAGUGUGACGCUGAAGGACAGUACAUACCUCAACAAUGCCACGGCUCCAAUGGAGACUGUUGGUGCGUGGACAGUACAGGACAGGAGAGACCGGGGUCGAGGACGGGACCUGGAGUGGCGCCUAAAGACUGCAGCAAACCUGACGAACCAGCGCGUCCCAAAACCCACUGCGAGCACCACCGAGACAGCGUGCAGUCCCAGGCAGAGGGACGUCCCGUGGUUGGCGCCUAUGUUCCGCAGUGUGACACCAAUGGGCGAUACGUCUCUAAACAGUGUCAUGUUUCAACUGGGCAUUGCUGGUGCGUGGACAUUAAUGGUCGGGAAAGAGCAGGCACCAGAACUCCUCCAGGAACUCCGCGUGUAGACUGUUAUAGACCAGUGCCGGCGGUGCCCACCCGGCGUCCAGAGAGCGUGUGCGAGCGCUGGAGAGCCAGUCUGAUCGAACAUUACGGAGGGAAGCCGGAGCCACAACAAUACUUACCUCAGUGUGAACCAGACGGACAGUUCAGCCCUGUCCAGUGUUAUGGAGAGACAACCUAUUGCUGGUGUGUGGACCAGGACGGGCGAGAAGUUCCCGGGACCAGAUCGCACGAUGUUGUCAAACCGGCCUGCCUUCCCUCUGUGGCCCCUCCCACCGUGCGUCCGCUGCCCAGGCCCAACGUGACCCCCCCACCGGACGCAGAGGUCACCCUGCUUUACGCCCAGGGCCAGAAGAUCGGAGCGCUGCCUUUGGACGGGACCAAACUGGACGGAAACCGCUCCAAGACACUGCUAACCUUACACGGCUCUAUUGUCGUGGGUAUCGCAUAUGACUGCAAAGAAAACCACGUUUAUUGGACAGAUCUGUCUGCGCGGACCAUCAACAGGGCGUCCAUGGUUCCUGGAGCUGAACCCGAGAUCCUCAUCAGCUCGAACUUGGUGAGUCCGGAGGGUUUGGCUGUGGACUCCCAGCGCCGAAGGAUGUUCUGGGUGGACUCGUCUCCGGAUCUCAUCGAGACCUCGAACCUGGACGGCAGCGGACGUAGGACCCUCUUUGACAAAAACCUGGUCAACCCCCGAGCCAUCAUCGUGGUCCCAUCCACCGGAACCUUGUACUGGACGGACUGGAACCGCGAGGCUCCUAAGAUCGAGGCGGCUUCAGUGGACGGAGAGAACCGCCGGGUGGUGGUCUCUGAGGGGAUCGGCCUGCCCAAUGCCCUCACAUACGACUCCUCCGCGGGGCUGAUCUGCUGGGCUGACGCAGGAACUAAGCGUCUGGAGUGCAUUCGUUCCGACGGAUCCGGCCGAAAAGUGAUCCAUCCCAACCUCAACUACCCCUUCAGCAUGGUCUACUACAGGCAACACUUUUAUUUCUCGGACUGGAGGAGGGAUGGCGUGAUCACUGUGAGCAAAGAGACCAAUAAACUGACGGACGAAUAUUUACCGGAGCAGCGUUCUCAUCUGUACGGAAUUGCCAUCGCCUCGACCCAGUGUUUAUCAGGGAUCCACUAA